CUGGCAACCCAGUUGAGUAGCUCUUCAGCCACACGAAACUGUAGCUAGCUAAUGAUUGGCACGCUACGUCGUAAAUCUGUUCAGGACACCUUUACAUCACUUCACAAGGGCUAUGGCAAAGCAAAGUGAUGCCAUCACCUCGGUAAAGGGACACAGCUUCACAGGUCAGACCUCUCACCAUUCUUCAGAAAUGACUCUAGACAGGAUCUACAUGGACUACAAUGCUACUACUCCACUGGAACCAGAAGUGAUCCAGGCCAUUACUGAAGCCUUGAAGGAUGCCUGGGGAAACCCGAGUAGCAGCUAUAUAGCAGGUGCCAAGGCCAAGGCGAUCAUUAAUCAGUCCAGAGAGAAUGUGGCAAGAAUGGUUGGGGGUGCAGCAGAGGACAUCAUAUUCACCUCAGGUGGAACAGAGGCCAAUAACCUGGUGCUCCACACUGCUGUAGAGCACUUCAGGAGAACCCGCAGGGCGGCAGAGCAAGGUGAAGGGCACCAAAAUGGAUGCACUGACCUUCCUCACAUUAUCACUUCUAAUGUGGAGCAUGACUCAGUCAAACUAGCAGCAGAGCAGCUGCAGAGAGAUGGCACAGCAGAUGUGACAUUUGUGCCUGUAUCUAAGGUGACAGCCCGUGUGGAGGUGGAGGAUGUCAUUGCUGUGGUGCGUCCCAACACUUGUUUGAUCUCUAUAAUGCUGGCCAACAAUGAGACAGGAGUCAUCAUGCCAGUCCAAGAGAUCUGCCAGAGGAUAAAUUCUCUCAACAAGCAGCGGGAGCGGCUCAGGAUCCUGCUCCACACUGAUGCUGCCCAGGCUUUGGGGAAAGUCCGAGUAGAUGCCUGUGAACUGGGCAUAGAUUACCUUACCAUAGUGGGACACAAGUUUUAUGCCCCUCGGAUUGGUGCUCUGUAUGUGAAUGGCCCUGGAACGAGAACACCGUUGUAUGCGAUGCUGUUUGGAGGAGGACAGGAGCGAAACUUCAGACCUGGCACUGAAAACACACCGAUGAUUGCUGGUCUGGGAAAGGCUGCAGAGCUGGUGACCUCUAAUCUGUCAGAUUAUGAGAGUCAUAUGCGAAGUACCAAACUUUACUUGGAAGAACGACUGCAGGCCAUCUUCAAAGAUAAGAUCCACUUCAACAGCCAUUACCCUGGCUCGGACAUCCUCCCUAACACUUGUAACAUGUCCAUCCUGGGCCCGACAUUACAAGGCUGGAGGGUAUUGUCCAGUUGUAGGAGGCUGUUGGCCAGCGUCGGCGCCGCCUGCCACUCAGGCAGUGGAAACAGGCCUUCCCAUAUCCUUCUGAGCUGCGGAGUCCCCACACAGGUGGCAGCUAAUGCUUUGAGGCUGAGCGUGGGCAGAGGCACGACCAAAGAAGAUGUGGAUGCAGUUGUGGAGGAUCUGAGGGAAACUGUGCAACUGUUGGAAGAAAUGAACUGAUGGCUUCAAAGCAGAGUUACCCUGUAGGCCAAAUAAGAAUGUACAGAAUUAAAAAUGCACCCCAUAUGCUUAAUGUUACAUUAACUGAGCAUGUCAGAUGGAGGAAAUAUUUAACAAAUAAAAAAAGGGAAGAACUUGAAGUGACCUGAGGGGCGAUGUUAUGGAGAGAUGCAUGUUCUCAGCUUCCAUCAUGUCAUGUGAGUAGCUAAUCAGCUAAUUGGAGUCAGGACGACAUGUACAGUACAGUAUGAGUGUC